AUGGAGGCUGCUGGGAAACUUCUGGAGGAAAUACAGAAUGACAUUACCUGUAGCAUCUGCAGGGGCUACUUCUCUAAGCCUGUCACCAUAGCAUGUGGGCACACUUUUUGCAGAGAAUGUGUCUCCUUGAGCUGGACAGUGGAAGCUUCAACUUCCUCCUGUCCUGAAUGCAGGCAAGAGUACCAGAAGAGGGAGAUCCCAGUAGUGAACAGGAGGCUAGCAGAGUUGACUGAGCUGGGCAAACAGUCCUCUUUCAGCCUUUUGCAGAGCACUCAAGGCCAGAGCCAAUGUGUCCCUCACAAAAAACCCUUAAAGCUCUUCUGUGAAGAUGAUCAAACUUUACUCUGUACAGCAUGUUGUGAAACCCCAGAGCAUGGGCCUCAUGAGAUCCUUCCUACAAAAGAAGCUGCUCACUAUUACAGGAAGAAGCUGCAGCGUGCGAGUCGCUUGAAGAAACAUUUCAAGGAAUAUAAUCAACUUCUUGAUCAGGAGGAGAACACUGACUGGCCCAUGAUGCUCAAAAUGCAAUACUACAAAAUCAGGAGAUUACACAACAUGAACAAGUUUGACUUUCUUCAAAGACUGUCUCAAGAGGAAAAUGCUAAUAAGGACAGAAUAAGACAGCAUAUGCAAACUCUUCAGAACCUCAUGGAAGAGCUGCAGGAAGUGGUCCAUCUCGAUCUGGAUAUGCUACACAAUGCCAAACAACUGCUGAGAAGGAGUGAGAUUGUGUUGUCCCAAAGCGCCAAAGCUGUCACCCCAGAAUUGAAAGAAUGCAUCCUUCCUGGCCUAAUAGAGUUGCUCAAGAAAUAUAAAGUGGAGCUCACAUUGGAUCCCAUAUCAGCUGACUCUUACAUGAUUGUUUCCGAGGAUCUCAGGAGCGUGAAGGCUGAAGGAGACUGGGAGGAGGAGAAGGAGCCACCUAAGGACUUACCUUUCCAUCGCGUCUUUGCUAAGCAGGUCUUCAGAUCAGGUAAACAGUACUGGGAGGUAGAUGUGACUCAACUACCUCAGUGGUCCCUGGGCAUCUAUGCUUCAGGCUUGGAGAUAAAGGAGGACAGACACUGUUCCCCUGUGUACCUGCUUCGCUGUGUCAAAAAGGAAGAAGAUUACUAUUUACAGACUUAUCCUAGAUUAUUGAACCAUCGAGUGAAAGACCCAAUGUGCAGGAUUGGGGUGUACCUAGAAAGUUGCGCUGGAAUUCUUGCCUUUUAUAAUGUUCUACAGAGAUCUCUCAUUUGCAGGUUCUACCCUAUUUCCUUUGUAGAGACUGUUAUUCCCUUCUUUUCACCUGGGCCGCCACUUCCAGGAACAAAGCCAGGACCCAUGACUCUCUGUUCAGUGGACUCUCAUAUUUGUAAUUGUUGCUACACAAGUCUCUGAGCAUUUCUUCAGGGAAGAAUUCUCAAGACACCCCCAGGCUCCAGAGCUGAAGACCUUCAAUUUCCAGCCCUUCCUUGCAAGAGAAUAAGUAUUACCUACUUAGUGAUGAAGAACAGACUCCAUUGUCAUCAACUGGAGACUUGACUUCUACCCUCUAAGCUGACUUGAAUUUUUUUCA